AUGCCAAGGUAUCCUCAGGUGAUUGAAUUUCGAUGUACUUGGCCGGGUUGCACUUAUUCAAUAUGCGAUUUAUCAUCGAUAGAAUAUCACGUUCGACAAACUCAUUUGGGUCCAAAGAACGAAACGGAUUUGGAAGGAGAUCUCAGCGAUCACGAAGAAGAAUUUUAUUACACGGAAGUUGAAGUAUCGAGAGCAGACGUCAUGACAAACACGGUUGUUACUCUUCCCGUUCAUCCUCAUAAGGAUAUGUGCAGGCCGUCUCACGAGGAUCCUGAUUACCAAAAAACAAAAGGUUAUCCAAUAGUACGUUCAUCCAAUAACACUCCAACUGCCAAUACGCCAUGGAGUUCAUUCACUAAACAAAUGAAACUGGGCAAUAGUUACACAGGCAUUCAACCGGAUAUAUCAUCAAAUCGAUCCAAUAAUAAUAAUAAUAAUAAUAAUAGUAAUAAUAAUAAUAGAGCCUUCACAUUCGGUUCGUCCGAAAUGUCAUGGCAACCGAGUUCUCUUUCGGCAUCGGCACCCAAUAAAAUUAACGUUAGCAAAACUCCAGGAUCUCCGACGAGGAAAGCGAGAGGGGAAACGAAAAAAUGCAGGAAGGUAUACGGAAUGGAACAUAGAGAACUUUGGUGCACGCAGUGUAAAUGGAAAAAAGCAUGCAGUCGGUUCGGUGACUAA